AUGGGAGCCCUCAGUAGCGCCGGCGCGGUGCAGCUCUAUCAAUGCUGGCGGCGGCGGCAGCAGAAGCGGCAGCGGGGCGUGGAGGCCCACAUGCCGCGCAGCUCCCAAAGCGCCCGCACAGCUGCUGUGCAUCCGUCCUCGUUCUCGCACACUACCAGUCACCUCACAACAGGCACAGCCAAGCAGGACCGCGAGCGCGACAUCGACGUGAAUGCCAUGCAGCGCUCUUUCCAGCGCCUGUACGCGGUGAUGCAGGAUGAGAGUCGUCGUCAAGGCCAUGAUGCCGUUGCCACCGAAAGAGUCGCCCGCGCCUCACACGCCGUCACCCGCUCGCCGCAGCGGCGAAGCCGCAGCUGUCCCACGCGCUCACAGCGGCGCCAUCUGCACACCGCGUCUCCGCAGGCAUUGCACGGCGCCGCUGCGGCCAUUCGCGUCCCCCCCAUGGACUUUGACAGUGACAGCAUCAUCAUCAUUGAUGACGACAACAGCCGCUAUCGUUCCAGCACGAAGUUGGUGAAGGCAGAGACGAAGUCCGUGAAGACGCAGGAGAGCCCGUGGCCCACGGCGGGGUCGACAGCGGCCAGUGUAAAGGUCUUGUCGCCUGCGCUUACCAGUACAGACACCUCCGCAAUUACCUCCAGCCCCUCGAAGUCGUCCACCUCGUCCUCGCAGCCAUGCUCUCCGCCACGGCAGCCUCGGGCGCAGCGGUACCAGUGCCUCAACUGCUGUCGCCGAUGCGGCUCGUGUGACUCCGUCGGCCUACCGUGUCCGGUGAACGCUCAUGAGCACCGCUCUCGCGGUACGGCGGCCGGUGCCGCCCAUGGCAGGUGUCACGCGCGUUCCUCGCCGGCGCGAGGUCGUUGGUUGUCGUCCGCCGAUUGUGCGGCCACGAACAAGGAUAGCGCACCAGCGGCAUCGAAGACAGCGACCGUGGACUCCCCGCGCCUGCAGUGGCUGGGUCAGUUACCUGCGACACCCUCUCGACGCCCGUCGCCAGAGCAACUGUCCUCAUCAGAGGUGCGGUGCCGCUCUACCCGACGUGUGCGUCACAGGAGGCGGCAGCAGUCGCCCGCCCACGACAGGCAUCACUGCUGUCAUGAUCGACGUGUUGACCGCAGUUGCGGUGCGCACCGCAGAGAAAAGUCGACCUCUGUGGACGCGGUGGCCGCUGUGUCGUCCACACACGGCCGCGCGGAUCACGGGAAGGGCGAGGCGGUUCUCCGCGACAUCGCCACGCGCACGUGCACGUGCUACUGGGCUGAGUUCUCCGGCUUUACAAUGGCGGUGAACCCUGCCUCGCAUGCCGCUGACUGCCCAUACCAAGCGCACAACGCCCUCUAUGCCGAGGUAAUGCUGGAGAGCAAGGCCGACGACGGCGGCAGCGGUUUUGCCAGCACCUCCUCUCAAGGCCGAUGCUCCUCGUCCGCCUCCUUGCACGGCCGCUGCGACAGGUCUGGCAGGGAAAGCAGCUCGAGGCAUUACAGACAGGAAUACGACGCCGGCGCGGCGGACUCGUCGGCGCGACCGCGGCGCGCGGCGCAGCUCCGGCAGGCACGAGAUGACCCCGAGUCUAAGCGCACGCGCGGCCGCGCCGCCGUCAUGGGCUCCACGAAGCGGCGGACGUACAUUGAGAUAAUCAUGGACGCUGCGCGCGACGCUCCGCCGUCACAGCCGCCGCGCUCCGGUGGCCGCCGCCGCAGCAAUGCAGAGGCCACGGCAACUUCUUUGGCGGCGAAGCACGGCGCUGAGGUCACUGCAGCGGUAGCACCACGGCCGCUCUCCCCAACGGCGCAGACUAGCCUGCCGAAUGGGGAAGCACCACUAAAGGUCGAAGAUGAGCCACAGCAGCAGCAGCAGCUGUCCUCGAAUCGGUCAUCAUCAGAGAAUGAUGCAGCGGCGGCAGCUGCCGACGAAGACAAGGAUGGUGCGCCAGCUGCGGAAGACCAGCACGACGAGGCCGGCCGGUGCAGCAAGGGGGAGAAGCAGCCGCUGCUCAACGAUGAGAGCCCCUUGCGAGCCCUCUCCCGCCCGCGCCGUCGCCCCACCGUCGGGGUGCCAGGCCCCGGAUCCUACCACGUGGAUCUCGCCUACGCGGCCAGCUCCGCAGCGCACGGGAUUCGCGGUGCCGCGAUGCCGAAGUCGGCCCGCAUGCCCGCUGUCAAGUCCGUCACCCCGGGCCCGGGCGCCUACGACGCGUACAAGCGUGAAGAAGAGCGCAAGGCCGUCACAGCGGAGGCCGUCGCUGGUGGCGGUGCGGCGGCGACCACCACCGCAGAUGGGGGCGCUACGGACGGCAAGGGUGCAGACACCCCUUCAACCGCGGGAAAGCAAGUGAUCGGCAAAGGCGUUGUCUUCGCCAGCACCGGUGCUCGACAGCUGCAGCUGCGGUACGGCGACGCCUAUGUGCACACCUCGACCUGGGCGAGGCGCGCGGCUGCUGUGCCCGGGCCUGGUACAUACAAUAUCGUCGACGGCGACCGCUACGACCAGAGCAGGCCGCUCGGUGCGGCACGGACAGGCCACCAGUUUUCCAAGUCUGCUGAUGGGGCGCACUUUUCUGUUGUCUCCGCCGCCGCCGCCGCCGCUGUUGCUGCUGCAGCAGCAACGCCCCUGCGAGCCUCACUCGUCGUUCCGUGGCGCGACUGGGCCGGUGGCGCGUAUAUCGGCACGACCACAUCCAACUUCGUGGCGCACCCGUCCCUGGCCGGUGGCGAUCGGCGCACUCUCGGGCAGACGGUCGCUGCAGACUCAUGCACAGUCUGUUGCAGCAACACGUCAGCUGCUGUAGCGGCGGCUGCAGCCGCCGCCGACGGCAGUGUGUGGAGGGGUGUCGGCAGCGGCGUAGCCCUGCGCCUGACCAGCCAGCGCUUCCCUGGAAAGACGGCAGGUGCACCCGCGGCUGCCGUGGCCGGGGGACACGACUCGAAGACCGGCCGCACGGGAAACGGGGAAGGCACCGCUCCGCCACCCGGAGAGCCCAGCCCGGCCACGUACGAUUUGGAGCGCGGGCUGCGGUGGGUGCAACGUCGUGCGCCAGAGGUGUCUAUGACAUUCCGCCACGACCGCGGUCCGCGAGGACCGCUCCGCUCCGGUGCGGCAGCUGCCGAUGACGACACCCUUGCCAGCGCAGUCAGCGGCGGUGCACCGCGAACGGCGCUAUCAUCUUUAUCACCCCUCCUCAGCGACGACGUCAGCUUCAGCCCUGGGCCUGGCACGUACGACGUGCGCGGCGUCGAGGUGUGGCGCAUGCGGCGCAGUCCGCAGUGGUCCUUUGGCACCGCGGCGCGACACGCCCCGGGCGCGGCAGUGCCCCUGAGCGCCGCCGCGGAGGGCGUAAACGACGUGAAUGGCCGGGCCCUGCACGCCGUCGACCAUCCUGGCCCUGGCGCCUACGAUACGGAGGCCUGCUAUCGCGCACUACAGCGCUCCGCGGCGAGCGCGCUCAUCUGCACAGCACCGCGGCUCGCUGUUGACGACAGCCACCGCGCCGGUGUUCAGGGCAGCGCAACCACGGCUGGCGACACGGUUAAUGGCGCACGUGCAGGCCCAGGCACCUACGAUGUGGAGAGCGGCGACAGGGUGGUGCGCGAGAGCAUCAAGGGUGGAGUUAUACCGCGCGCCGGGGCGGAUGCGCGGGCAAAGGUCGACAACGAAGAGGCGCAGGACGGCGGACCGGGCCCUGGUGCGUACACGCUGCCGGCUCUGCCGCCGAGCGGUCCCACCGCGUACCUCGGCAUGAGCGCGCCGCGCUUCCCGUAUCAGCAGGCGCUGGCGGCCACGGAGGGCAAUGUUGGAGGGCAAGGAGCCGCAGCAGCAGCAGCAGGCAACGGGCACCCGCCCCACCCCAACACCGACCUCUUCCUUGCCCAUCUAGCCACUCCCGGUCCUGGCGACUAUGACGUCGACGCCGCCACAAGCCUCGUGAACCGCCCGGGCGCUAUCAUCGGCCGCGCCCCGCGAGUCUCGUUGCUCGUGCCGACUGGAUCGACCUCCGCGAAUGUGGGUCCUGGCAGCUACAUGCUGCCCGCACUGCCGGCUGGCCGAGGGGCCGUGAUGUCCACUGCGCGUGCCAUCGCCACCGCCGAAACGGGCGACGCGGCAGAGCGUCCAGGUCCGGGGCUCUACGACCCCGUGGACAUGUGUGCGUCGUUCACGCGCACCUUCUCGCUUGCUCGCACGGGCGCGCGCUUCCCGGACAGCGACGCACACGCUGCCGACGCUCCGGGCCCUUGUGCGUACGACCUACCUGCGGUGCCUAUGACCCGCGGCGUCGUCUUCGACACGGCGCCUCGCUUUUCGCGCAGCAGCGGCGGCCAGAGCACUGACGGUGUCGGUCCUGGUGCGUACGAGGUGGUGGACCUCAGCCCGCCUGGGCGGAGCGCGGUGAUGGGCUCUGCGGUGGCACGUCCGGAUCUGGAGCGAAAGGAUGGCAACGGUGGCGGCCCUGGUGCCUACAGCCCCCAGUACGCUCAAGUCGAGAAAAGUGCGCCGCGGGUGGUGCUGGCACGCGCUCCUGUAGGACGAGGCGCCGCCGACUACUACGCGAGCGGUGACGCGUCGAUGCCGUCCCACGAGCAGCGCGCCGGUGCCGGCUCCGAGCUGGGUCCGGGGCAGUACGACCCACAGUACCCGUCCGACGUAGUGCAGGCAAGACGUGGCUACACCUUCGGCUCUGCUUCUCGCGCCGCCGCCGUGGCAAGCGCUGUGGAUGGGCCGGGCCCUGGUGCCUACGAAGUGCGGGUGACGCGGGACGGUCGAUUGCUGGACAGCAGUGGCGCGGCGCGCUUUAGCACUGCGCCGCGGUUGGCAGAGGAGAGCGCCUCAGCGACGAUGCCCGCAGGCCCGGGACCUGGAGCGUACAUGCCGGAGGCGUACACCGACAUGGGUGCCGGUUUUGGCGGCGGUGCGCUCUCUCCGGCGGUCCGCAUUGGAACCGCUCCGCGGAUCGUCGGCGGCGACGACGCACGCGUGGCUGCGGACGUGCCGGGCCCCGGGGCGUACGAACCGAAUCCGUGGGUCCUGUAUCCAACGGCCCCGUCCAUCAGCUUCCCGCGCGCCGACUCGGCCCACGCCCUUGGCGACACCGAUAUCCCGGGGCCAGGCGCGUACGUCACAACGGGGUUCGCAGCCGCGCGCGUGGCCCAAUUUGGGUGUGCGCCUCGGUUCUCAGAGGGCAGCGUUGGUGGUCUCGCUGCAUAUGCGCGCAACGGCGCUGAGGGCGCUGCGAGCGUGCCCGGCCCCAACGCCUACUCGCCGAACGACGACGCGAUUCGCCCAGCGCGGUCGGCGCACCGCUUCGGGACAGCGGCCCGCCUAGCCAAAGCGGUUGGGGAGGCCGCCGAGGCGGACGGCGUCGGUCCUGGUGCCUAUGAUAUCGAGGCGGGCCUGGUGCACAGCUCGCAGGGGCCGACCGUCGCCGCCUACAGCUUUCCACGUGCUGGCGGCAGUGGUGGUUAUAGUAACAGCCCGGGUGUGGGGGGUGCAGCAGCUGGCGGAGUGGCGGAGUCUCCGGGCCCGGGAGCGUACAACGUGGAGGCCGCCUACAGAGCCACGCUGCCCAGCGCCGCCACCGCCAUCCUCUCCGGUGGUGGGGCGAGCGGCGUCAACGGCGUUCGCGGCAACGACGAAGGCGAGGCGUCCUCCCCGGGACCUGGAGCGUACCAUCUGCCUCCUUUCUUUCCUGAAGGCCCGCAGUGGGGGUUCGGCACCUCGAUGAGGAGUGCAGGCGCAGACGCGACGGAUGGAUCAUCCGCCCUCGCGACCGCCUCGCCGGGCCCUGGUGAGUACGCCGUGCAGGCUCCUGCACCGCUGCAUAGCGGCUCCUCGUUCCCGAAGGCAGAGACAGCGGCGCCGACAGGCGACGCCACCUCUCCGGGACCUGGGACAUACAACGUGGUGGAUGCUGCGGUGCGACCAUCCGCGCCUGGCGUGCGCUUCGGGACCGCAGCGCGGCACGCCUGCGCUGACGUGUCUGCCGGCGACGUCGACAUUGCUGCGGUCGGCGUUCACGACAGUGGCGUGCCGCGGACGCCAGGUCCGGGUACGUACUCGCCGAAUGUGAAUGCCUCCUCUACUUCGCGUUCUACCCGGGCCGGUCCGGCCUUCGCGCAGGCGCCACGCACGGCGCCGUCUGCGUCGGCGCAUGCUGUGGGAUGGGGUGCAGGGGCGGAGGGGGACAACAUUGGUCCAGGCACUUACGAUCUUCAUGGCGACAUGGCAGCCAGUACAGCGGCGGCGCACCGCUUCGGCACCGCACCGCGCAUGCCGCCCGCCACCGCCCCUGGCGCUGCCACGAAAGGCGAUGUUGGGCCUGGCAGCUACAUGAUCGAGGCAGCGGAUGCACAGGUGCUGCCUCGUGCGCCAGCCCACACCAUAGUACUGCCCGCGCCGCACGCACCACGGCUGCAGGAGCCGCGACCGGGCCCGGGGAGCUACGAGUAUCCGGUCGCCGUCCAAGAGCACCGGCGCUCGGCGCUGGUGUUGGGUCGUCACGGUGACUCGACGGACAUCACACGCGACACGCCGGGUCCAGGAGCGUACGACAUAGAUACCGCGUACACCGCCACUCAGGUGGCACGGCAGCCGGGCGGGUUCACCAUGCAAGGACGUCCGGUAGCGUCGAUGCAAGUGGGGUUGGCCGAGUCGCCUGGACCCGGAGCGUAUGACGCCGGUGCCUCCGCGGCAUCGGUGGCGGCGGCGCACCACUUUGGCACGGCCCCACGGAUGCCGAGCGCCGCGAACGGCGACGCUGGUGUCGGCCCCGGCGCCUACGACCUCCCAGCGCCGCCCGCCAUUCGCCAACCGGUGAGCUUCACGCAAGCGCCACGGGAGGUGGUCGUGGGCGCGCACGAAGGCAGCGCCGACGCCCUGCAGAGCGGAGACAUGCGUGGUGGCUGUGUCGGUGGCGGCACCCCCGGGCCAGGGUCGUACGACGUUGGGAGUGCCAUCGACUGCACACAUAUGGGAGGACGGGGCCCGAGCUUUACGAUUCCGCGUGGGCUGCGGCCGGUGCUGCGCAGUGGGGACGUCGACGCUUCCCCGCUCGUGGGGCCAGGCACGUACAGCCCUGUCGACCCGGCGUCGCACCACCACGGCGGCGGCGGCAGCGGCACCAACGGCCCUUCCGCAGCCUUCGGUCUGGCAGAGCGUGUUGUGAACACCAUCCCGCGCGGCAGUGACGCACCCGGCCCAGGCACCUAUGACCCCCACCGCCCUCGUCUUGCCAACGGAGCCGGGAUCGGGCCGUCCUUCGGCUCCGCGGUGCGGAUGGACGAUGUGGGUGGUGCGGCGUUGGCAGCUACUCCCGGCCCCGGCACCUACGCGGUGGCGCCCUCCUUCAAGGCAACGGCGGCUGCCGGAUCAGCGCCGGCGCUGCGCUUCGGCACCGCGAAGCGGCCAUCGGCGGUGCUGAACGAAAACCCGGGCCCUGGCAGCUACGCUGUCGCCGGCUACGACGCUGCCACCCGCGUUGCCGCGACGGCGCCGUCGUUUGGGCAAGCGGCGCCGCGACCACACCUGGCAUGCUGCGGCUUGGACACCCCCGGGCCAGGGGCCUACUACCGCGCGAGCAACCUCGACGGCACAUCGACUGCCGCAGGCCCGAGCUUCGGCUUUGGCGAGCGGAUGAGUGCGGUAGCAGGUACGGCUACCCCAGGCCCCGGCACCUACUAUAGAGACUCAGCGGCGUCGGUAGCGGCGGGUGUGGUGGAGGGCAGAGGUGCCAGCUUCGGGCUUGACGAGCGGACCUCGCCGGUGCUGAACAACUACCCCGGGCCCGGCACCUACUUCCGAGGUGCCGGUCUCGCAGCCGACGUGGCAGCGCUGCGCGGGCCGUCGUUUGGCACGGGCGAGCGUCACGACCCAAAACUAAACAACAACCCCGGGCCAGGAACCUACUUCAGGGAUACACUGCCUGCAGCCGCCAGCGCCGCCCAGCCACGACCGCGACGACCCACGGCGGCAGACACGCUGCGAAAGCUUGCCAGCGUCGGGUAUCCGACGCUGGCAAGCAAGACGAAGCCAGCGACGACCACCACAGCCACUGACAGCCGCAGUACUGGGUAG